UCAGGUGAGUUAAAAAACGAGUCUCCAGUUGAAUUCAACCAGGUUUUUGGUGUUGGUGAUAUCAAAGACAAGAUGGCUGAAAUGAAGAAAAAUGAACCGUCACACUGGUGGUGGCUUGAGAGCCACAGCAACACUAGACGAUCCCCUUGGCUUCAAUCUACUCUCGCUGAACUAAAUGAGAAGACAAAGGCAAUGUUAAAACUGAUCGAAGAGGAUGCAGAUUCCUUUGCCCAACGUGCAGAGAUGUAUUAUAAGAAGAGACCACAGCUUGUGAGCAUGGUUGAAGAUUUCUAUAGGACACACCGCUCAUUAGCUGAGCGCUAUGAUCAAGUCACUGGAAUUCGCAAUCAGAAGACAGGGGGUUCCCCUUUUUCUCCACUCAAGCAUCAUCAAUCAGAUAAGUUGAUGAGUUUUGCAGAUGACAACUAUGAUAGCUAUUCUGAGAGCUGUGGUGUAGAGGAGUCUGGGGAAUCUGAAGUUUAUGAUCCUGAGCAAGAAGAAGAGGAUGCCAAUGAUGAAGUGAUGGGACCGAGGAAAGAAAUUGAGAGACUAGGUGAAGAGAACAAAGACCAAAUUAAGAAAUAUAACACUUGUGAUGAAGAAAUGAUGUUGAGGGAAGAAAUAGAACAACUUCGAAAAGAGAAUAGAGCGCAGAAUGAUGAACUCAGGCAGAAGGGUACCAUUUGUGGUGAAGUAAUGAUGUUGAGAGAAGACGUUGAACGACUUAGAAAAGAGAAUAGAGCACAGAAGGAUGAGCUCGAGCAGAAAGGUAGCAUUUGUGGUGAAGUAACGAUGUUGAGGGAAGAAAUAGAAAGACUCGACAAAGAGAAUAGAGCACAGAAGGACGAACUCAACAAGCAAGGGAGCAUUUCUAGUGAAGUAAUAAUGUUGAGAGAAGAAAUAGAACAACUUAGAAAAGAGAAUAGAGUGCUGAAUGAUGAACUCAAGCAGAAAAGUACCGAUGGUGGUGGAGUAAUGAUGUUAAGGGAAGAGGUAGAAAGAGUCAGAGAAGAGAAUAGGGGACAGAAGGACCAUCUCAAGCAAAAAGACCAAGAGAAGAUAGAGGUGAUUAGACACCUUAGUUUAGCUAUAGAUGUCCUUAAGCAGGAGAAUGUAAAGAUGAGAAGCUUCAUUGCUAAGGAAUCUUCCAAAUGGAAGAACCCAUUUGAGUUAAACAAACUCAUGAGAUCAUUAUCGGGAAAGUUGUUUAAUCACUUUAAUGGAUUUGCAAAGUUUAAUCACCCUAGUGUUGUAGCUCUCUAGAUAUGGUUCACGAACUAGUGUAGUGUUCUGUAAAGCAAUCUUUAUAAAGAUGUCUGUGUACAUAUUAUGGGGACUUGCUCCAGUAAACCACAAAUCUUGUAUACA